UAUUGAAAAGUUUAAUACAUAAAGGGCACAGACAUGACUCUCAUUGACACUAGAACAGAUACACACAGAGCAUUAGAACCCCAGUAGGGCAUGGGACAGAUAAGUAAACUUAGAGAAGUUAUUAAUCACCUUAUGAGCAUUGCAUUAUUGAAGGGAUGAAACGUACACAUGGGGAUUUACUAAAAGUUGGGGUAAUGAUGAAACUCAGAAUCCCUGGUAACACAAAAUGAGAAAUUUAAACAUCUGCUGUUUCUGACCCUGGUACACUGCUCUUGGGUAUCCUCCUGACAUGUAUGUAACUGUGUGGGUGCAAAUAUGUGUGACUCUGUAUGCAGAUAUGACAAAUAAUCUGUCUUUUAUCUUUUUCAGUGCGGCUACAUAUAGACCAGUGGCAGCUACCUCAGUUCAUGCAUUGAAGCUAAUAGUAAGAUGCUAGCUCUAAACGUGCAGCACUAAACCAUCCAUACUGCGAUAAUUCAGUGUGAGCAAUUUGUAGUUACUUUCAAAUGGAAGAAAAAUAAAAAUGAAUGCAGUGUGGAGGAGAAAGCAGCAAAGGAUUCUGUCAUAAUCUUAACUGCAUUGGGAAAAGGGGGGAACAUAUAGCUUAGCAGAGCUAAAUUGUUAACUCUCCCAAAGAAUGAACCCCCCCAAAAAAGAGAGAAUCUAAAUUAUCAGAUAUUUUGGAGGGAAAGAGGCUAAAGCCUGAUCUCCUAUAAAAUGAUCAAACCUCAAUUUAGAAAAAUGGAGCAUAAAUUAUCUUUCCUGUGUGUGGCAGGGUCCAGUUGUCUGUGGAUUGACAUAUUUAAAUUACUCAAAUGCAUACUCUAGCAAAAACUGCAGAGCUAAAUGACUCUAUUCUAGUUCUGUUCUAGUUCCAGUGUGAAGAGGUAGAGUUUGAAGCACUGAGGAGGGACAUGCAGUCUUUACUAUUUAUUUCUUAUUUGCGAUAUUGCCUGUGCUUAAUGAUGCAGUGCAAGCACCAUCGAUUAGGGAAUUAAUCAUCUUUAACUUUUAAUCACAUUUUCUGUCCUCAAAGAAAAAAUUAACCAGACACUAAAUGCAACUCUAAGACUAGAGUUUGAGGCAAAAAUAAAUAAAGUAGUUAAGCCAUGAGACACAUACCUUUGGCUGCUUUUUUAAAAAACAAGACUGCAUCUCUUAGCCCAUGAUUGAGCUGCACUGGCAUGUCUUUCACAUUCAGCAUAGCCAAAACAUUUUUCUUGCCCUGACAGUAGGCAACUAAUUCAUUACUCCAUUGAUUACUAUACAGAUGGAGCUCACAGCCCCUCUAUUCAGAUCUAAUCAAUGAGUUGUUGUGGUUUGCUCCUUGGACUGUAUCAGUAUUAAUUACUACAAAUCAAUGAAGAUGUUUUGCAUCAUAAUAAGAAGAAGGAAAAAAGGAAAAAUAUAAAAAGGAACUGAGAAAGGUUGGAAUUCUGGUUGGAAAGUUGGAAAAUCUUUGUCCCUAUGAUGGAGGUAAUUCAAAGACAUGAUUUCAUUUUCGUUUUCCAAAACAGAAACUGGCAUUCUUUGAACACAUGUAGUUUGUGUGUGUUUUUUUUAUUGCAGUAAAUUGGCUUGGAGACAAGUCAGCAUCUUAUCUUUAUCCCUCACACAACAUAGCCAGAACACAGAGUACCAAUCUCCAAAUGACUAAGCAUCACUCAGUCUGUCUUUCACAAAGCAGAAAUUUAGUUCAUAAUGAAUUAGUGCUGGGAUGUGCGUGUGUGUGUGUUCAGGCACUUGUGGGUAUUUGUGUAUGAGGAAGGAAGGGACAAGGACAGGAACAGAGAGAAAGAGAUUCCGUGAGCAUGUGUGUACAAGUGUGUGUUUGUGAGGAGCUGUGGAAGGGAACUGUCUGUCAUUGACAGUGACAGGCGAGGGUGGAGGGAGCUGGUGUGGGGAUAGCAGCAUCCUCUGCUGUAAUGCUGACUGACACGGUGCCUGGUGGAACUGUUACUAAGAGAGAUGGCCUGCGACACAACUGUCCAAUCAAUACCAGUCAGCAGCUUUCACGUGUUCAUGCACAGAUAAGAGUGUCAUGUGCAUCACUUCGAGGCAAGAAAGCAGACCAGGAAGGGUCCACUGGGGCAUGGGCUGUGUGCCUGGAUCCCAAUUAUAACCUGAUCCGCAGGAUAGAGAGCAGACACUGCAGGGUGUACUCUUUUGGGUUAGGAAUGGAUGACCGGUCCCUGGAAAGUUCUCUCGCCCGAUCAGGCUGUGAAGUCCACUGUUUUGAUCCCAGCCUUAAGCAGCCUCACCUGCAACAAGCUGAAAUGUGGCUCCAUCGUCUUUCUGUAGAUUGGAGGGAUCCCAGCCCGGCCGUUGUUGCCCAGCGUCAGUAUGCCAGCACGAAGAAACUAGCCACCAUACUUAAUGACUUUGGACACAGAGAGGUGGAUGUACUGAAGGCUGAUAUGGAGAGUGCAGAAUGGAAGAUUUUGGAAAAUUUGAUCCUCGAAGGAGUCCUGGACUCAGUUGGACAGCUGCUGCUGGAGCUUCACCUGCACUGGGCAGGCUUUGAGGUGGGUGGCGAUGAGCCAUCUGUGGUGCGGUACUGGUACAGCCUGCUGAAGGAGCUUGAACACUCCGGCUUCCACCUCUUCCACGUCCACAGCGAUCCUGCCAAACCUCACGUUUUUCUACAGAAGAAUGUGCUUAAUGCCAGCAGUGCUUACACCUUGAGCUGGGUGAAUACUCAGUGGAGGCCUUUAGGGAAACCAGAUGGAACUCAAAAAUAACUUUUUACCAUCGCUGAUAACUGGAAAUCUGAAUGUGUAACAUGGACUUUCUAGGGCACAGCUCUCUUCAAAUACACUGCUCUUAUCUGGCCUGACCGUUGGAAAAAAAAAAGUAAAAAUCUCUGCUCCUACUUAUCCUCCUGCUCAUCCUCUGCUGGCCUGUGAUGACCUAAGCCAAGUAAAGGAGCAGCAUAAUUAUCUCCAGAGGCUCUGUGUUCUACCUCAUAGUGGCUGUAUUAUUGGCUGCAGGAAAGCUUCUGAGUCACCGUCACAAUCAUCAAGGUCCUAUCUAAGCCUGGCUCAGUCCUACCCGACAGUAGACAGCAGAAGUCCAGAGACCACGCAGCUCACGAGCUAAAUUAUGAAUUCAAGGAAGUGGAUACAGUGUUACAGGGUCACUGACAGUGAGUGAAUAUUUUAAGGAGGCGGGAAAGAGACGGGAUCUGCUCCUGAAGAAGUAGUUUCCAUGCAUCAUCACAGCAUGACAAUGUGAUAAAUGGGACUCUACACUUGUACAGAGUUUGCUUGUUGGAUAUUUAAAUGUGGAUAUGUGUGCAAGUAAGAGAAAAACAACUGUAAUUCCACAGUUUCUGGAAUUAUAAUAGAAACCCCCCCCCAACAAUUCACACAUAAGAAUUUUACACCAUCAGUUCCUUUCCUCCACCAGCUUUCUCGUGUUCAGCUGGCGUUUGUCUGUUCAGCACCGCAACACUGCCAACAAUCAGGAAAAGUAGCACUUUAAAAUAACCACAUUAUUCAGUUAUUGAAAUUUACCAAACUUUUUGAUGAUGAACCAAAUUUCUCCUCAUGAUUUUGAUUUUAAAGAAUAAACACUUUGGGGGGGGGGUUUCCCAAAAGAAGGAGGGCUUCGUUUUUUAAAAAGGUGGACUUUAGGUUGUUUAUUUCCACAAAGAGAUGGCCAUACAGCUGAAAACAAAGAAUAUUUCUUUAUCACGAAUAUGAAAGGUAUACUGCCAGAACAUUGGAAAAUACAGUAACAAAAAAAGAAGAAAAAAAAACAUUAAAAAUAACAAGGUACCCCCUGUAAUACUUCUUCUGCAGUAGGAACAAUCCUUUGAAAGUUCUUGUUUGUACAGAUAUUACAUGACUAAGUAUUUUGAUCUUUCACAGGGUAAAAAAAAUACAGCUGUACAAUCAGACUGGAUACCAGUCCUUUGGCUUUGACUCAAAAACAGUUCCAGACCAUGAGAAAAUUGGCCUCCUCCUUUUUAUUGAACCAGUCAGGUCAUGUUCAUUAUUUCCAGAAACCCCUCCUCA